AGCUACAUCAGCAAUUCCUUGUUUACUGUUGGGCUCUGUCAUCAUUCUUCUGUCGUUUAAAAUUUUCUGCUGUGUAUAAUAUUUUUGUGAUGUAUUCUCCAAGCCAACGGAUGUUUUAAAACCCUACCUGAUCACCUUAGUUUUCUCCAUGAGGUAGAUACAAACAACAAUCAUGGAAUGCGCACCUGCACCUAGGACCGACCAUCCUAUCGACAAAGUCAAAACGUCUGACUUUUAUAGAACGUGCAAACUUCCAAAGAGAUUCGACUACCCACAGAUGUUCAGCAGUUAUGGUUGUCAGAGACGACCUCCCGCUCACCCCUUCUACCUCACCACGUCAUCAGACUACGGGUUCUAUCCUCCCAGUCACCACACGGUUCCAACGUGCUUCUACCCUCGCAACCAAGCGUUUUCCAACGCCCUCGCCAAGGCUGGCAUGUACAGAAACUUCUCGCUGAAUGUGUGAUGCACGACGCUCAAUAUGUUUGUGAUAAUAAAUAAAUUGUUUUCAUUUUCCUCA